UCAUAUUCUCUUGUAAUAGCCAUCAAUUGCAAGUUGUGUGCUUUGCAAAUUCCUCAGCUUUCCAUAUAAAUAUCAUCUUUCCUUUCUCUAUGAUCAAGCCCCUUUCCGUCGUAUAAGGCACCGUGCCCUACACCAUACUUCAAUGGCUCAUUUUCAACUUUGUUCAUUAAAAGUCUUGCAGAUUUUUUCCCUUCUCCUGCUCCUCAUUUACCCUGCAACAGUCUCUUGCGAGUGUACUUGCGUAGACGACGAUGUUCGACAAGACAAGGCCGAAGCGCUCCGAUAUAAGCUCGGUGCCAUUGCUUCCAUUCUCGUUGCCGGUGCUAUCGGAGUUAGCCUCCCGUUGUUGGGGUCACGGAUCCCUGCGUUGAGCCCUGAAAACGACCAGUUCUUCAUGAUCAAGGCGUUUGCGGCCGGCGUGAUCCUCGCGACCGGGUUCGUUCACAUCCUACCCGAUGCAUUCGAGAGCCUGACUUCUCCGUGCAUUAGAAGUAGACCUUGGGGGAAAUUCCCUUUCUCAGGCUUCAUCGUGAUGAUGUCGGCUAUAGGGACGUUGAUGAUUGAUGCGUUCGCGACGGGGUAUUAUAAGAGACAACAUUUAAGUAACGAGAAGCAAGUUGAUGCAGAUGAUGAAGAACAUGCAGGUCAUUUGCAUGUUCAUACGCAUGCCACUCAUGGUCAUGCUCAUGGCUCUGCAGAUUCCCCAUCUGAUCAGGAGUUGCUUUCCUCUCAGCUUAUCCGUCAACGUAUCAUAUCCCAAGUAUUGGAGGUGGGAAUAGUGGUUCAUUCGGUGGUAAUUGGGAUAUCUUUGGGAGCUUCUCAAAGUGCAGGCACAAUAAGGCCACUAGUUGCAGCCUUGUCCUUCCAUCAGUUCUUUGAAGGAAUGGGACUUGGUGGUUGCAUAUCUCAGGCACAAUUCAAGUCAAUGUCGGUGGCAAUCAUGGGGACAUUUUUCUCCCUAACAACCCCGAUGGGGAUCGCAAUAGGGAUUGGGAUAUCGAGUUUCUACAAAGACAACGACCAAACAGCACUAAUCGUGGAGGGAGUGUUCAACUCGGCAUCGGCAGGGAUAUUGGUAUACAUGGCUCUAGUAGACCUGCUGGCUGCAGAUUUCAUGAACCCAAGGCUGCAAUCCAAUGCUAGGCUUCAACUCGGUGUCUAUGUUUCACUUCUUCUUGGGACUGCCUGCAUGUCUGUCUUGGCCAAAUGGGCUUGAACCUUUUUGCUUCUUGUUUAUUAUUAGUACAAUCCCUACCUUUUUUUGCUU